AUGAGUAACAACAAUCUUGUUGGAACCAUACCAUACCAACUUCCUCCUAAUCUCCAACGUUUAAAUUUUGCUCAUAAUAACUUAACCGGGACACUCCCUUACUCUAUUUCUAACCUCACCUCUCUUACUCACCUGAAUCUCAAUCAUAAUCAGCUCCAGCAACCACUCAAUCUCAACUUUCUUAAUCUUUCUACCCUCUCCAAAUUAGACCUCUCUUUCAAUUCUUUGACAGGCGACCUCCCUCCAACUAUGAGCUCACUUUCAGGCAUUACCACCAUGUAUCUGCAAAACAACCAGUUUACAGGAACUAUUGACAUUCUUGCUAAUCUGACCCUCAAUAGUUUGAAUGUAGAAAACAAUAAUUUCACAGGUUGGAUUCUGGAGCGGUUGAAAAACAUAGACGACCUUCAGACGGGUGAUCGCCACUGCAUCUCCAGCCGUGUGAACCUCCGUCUCACCACCGGCAACCAGCGACUAGCUCCUCUUUGUUUUCCUCCACAUUUUCCGUUCAGCAACAACACUUCCUCUCUCCGACCUCACAUCCGCGCCGCCACCUUCGACCGACUCCUCCAACUCCCGCCGCAAAUAGAUCUGCACCGGACAGCCCCCCGCCACCCGCAACCGUCUCCGCGUCGAAACUUAGGUCGGUACCGUCCUUCAUGUUUGGUUCUUGAAAUAUUGGGUUUUGGCGUUGUAUUGCAAAGAGAAGAAAAGUAG